UCGCUCAACUGGCUGCAGAGAGCCUCGGGGGCCCUGCUGAGCCCCUUCCCAAGGCGGCUCUCUGACCCCGUCCUCCCUCCUCGCCCCCACAGGCCCUGUUGCUGCCUGCGAGAGAAACUGCAACCGUGGCCCCAGCCCCUCUCCCUCCCUUCCCUGCCCACCUGCCGGCGAUCCACCACUCAGAGCCGGGCCUGAGUACAGGUGCAGCCCCUUGCCCAGCCCCAGCCAGGUGGAGAGAAAGCUGCGUGAGCUCUGUUGCCCCACGCUCACCCGUGCUCCCAGGGCUGAGGGCCCAGUGCCCGGCUUACACCACCUCCUGCUCUGCCUCUCUCCCUGGCUCUCCGUCUUCAACUUGAACAAACUCUGCUCCUAAAAUAUCUUUAUCUCUCUCCUUCCCUGUGGAUCAAACUCUCCUUCUGCUCCCUCCCCACCCCAUUGUGGCGGGGGGGGGGGGGUCGGCUGCUGGGGCUCCUCUGGGGAGUUCCCUGGGGAACACAAGUUUGCAGCCCCCCUCUGUGUCCGCAAUCUCCACCCCGCCCCAGGAGCUGUGGGGCCUGGAGUUCCUCUGACUCAGUUUCCUUGGCUGCUCUGUGGGGUUCCCGUGAGGUUUGAACAAGAAAGGACAAGCGCUGGGCAUUUCUCCGGGGUCCCCUCUGUGACCUGAGCAUAGCCCUGUCUCUGAACAGACUUUGCAAUGACUCAGACGCUCAGCUCAGGCUCAGGCCCAGCCUUUGCCCUGCAUGCAUGCAGUCUCCAGGUAACUGCGCAGGGUCCUUCUGGAAGCUUCCACCAGCUCCCUGAGGAUGCGGUUCCCAGAUGGACAGGGCCUCUGGGCUCCAUGGAGGGCAGAGCAGCUGGACAGCUCAGAAUUGGCGACAUCUGUAGCUCCCUUGAAGGGGUACAAGCCCUGGGAAAAGGCCCCCCCAGGGUGUUAGCCUGUUCUCCAGGAAGCACAUGCUCCCCGGGCCCCUCACUCCAGUGCCGCGUGUGCGGGGACAGCAGCAGUGGGAAGCACUAUGGCAUCUAUGCCUGCAAUGGCUGCAGUGGCUUCUUCAAGCGCAGCGUGCGGCGUGGGCUCAUCUACAGGUGCCAGGUGGGCGUGGGGAUGUGCCCUGUGGACAAAGCACAUCGCAACCAGUGCCAGGCCUGCCGGCUGAAGAAGUGCUUGCAGGCUGGCAUGAACCAGGAUGCCGUGCAGAAUGAGCGCCAGCCCCGGAGCACAGCCCAGGUCCGGCUGGACGGCACCAAGUCCAACAGCAAGCCCCAGCCCAAGCUCCAGGCAGCUUCCCUGACCCUGGCAGGGCCCAUCGCCCGGGGCCCCGAGCCUGUGGCCAGAGCCCUGGGCCACCACUUCUUGGACAGCCUCAUCACAGCUGAGACCUGUGCAAAGCUGGAGCCGGAGGAUGCCGAGGAGAACAUUGAUGUCACCAGCAAUGAGCCCGAGUUCCCAGUGUCCCCCUGUGGCCUGGACAGUGUCCAGGAGAUAUCGGCUCGCCUGCUCUUCAUGGCUGUCAAGUGGGCCAAGAACCUGCCGGUGCUGUCCAGCCUGCCCUUCCGGGACCAGGUGAUCCUGCUGGAGGAGGCAUGGGGCGAGCUCUUUCUCCUCGGGGCCAUCCAGUGGUCCCUGCCUCUGGACAGCUGUCCCCUGCUGUCCCCUGCUGAGGCCUCUGCAGCCGGCAGCUCUCAGGGCCUCCUGGCGCUGGCCAGUGGGGAACGGCGCUUCCUGCAGGAGACUGUGGCCCGCUUCCAGGUGCUGGCAGUGGACCCCACAGAGUUCGCCUGCAUGAAAGCCCUGGUCCUCUUCAAGCCAGAGACCCCAGGCCUGAAGGAUCCCGAGCAUGUGGAGGCCCUGCAGGACCAGUCCCAGAUGAUGCUGAGCCAGCACAGCAAGGCGCACCACCCCAGCCAGCCCGUGAGGUUUGGGAAGCUGCUUCUGCUCCUCCCGUCUCUGAGAUUCCUCACUUCUGAACGCAUUGAGCAUGUCUUUUUUUGCAAGACCAUAGGGAAUACUCCCAUGGAAAAGCUGCUUUGUGAUAUGUUCAAAAACUAGGAAGAGCAGAAGAAAGGGUUCCAACCAUUCUGGGAAGCCACCUCUGGAGGUUAAACACCUGCCUGCCCUUUGACCCAGCAAUUUCACUCCUAGGGUACGUGUUCCGGGCAGAAAUGUACCCCAAAAGAAAUGUGAGGGCUGGGGACAUAGCACAGAGGGACAGUACUCGCCCAGCAUGCACAAGGCCCUGGGUUCAACCCCCAGCACCACCCCCACAAAAUUACAAGAAUAUUCACAGCAACUUUAUUAUAGUCCCAAACUUUAUACUGAGAGUAAAAUGGAUUAUAAUAUAUAUUAUACAGUAUAAUAGAUAAUAUGUAUUAUAAUCAUAUAAUGAAAAUCAGCAAUAAAGUGUGAACUACAGACAUGACACAAAUAAAUUUCAUAGGCAUGAAAGUUGAACAAAAGCCAGACACAAUUUCCAUGUCUAUUAGGUUCAAAAGGCUCCAGGACUGAACCGUUAGAAACGUGGUUCUUACUAUUCAGGUAGGCAGGGGCAUUGGAGAGGAAGGGCCCAGGAAAGCCUUCUGGGCAAAGAGAAAUGUCCUUUAUUUUGAGCUAGGUGGUAGAUUCAGAAAGGUGUCUGUACGUAUAAAUUCUCUGAGCUGUGUGCUUAUGACUUAUGCACUUUACUGUAGAAAUAUGAAAGAAAACAAGAAAAAAAGAGAAAAGUUUAGGGUAGGAGAGAUAAGGACCUUUCCUCCCAGGAAGAAGGUUCUUAUUACAGAGUAUGCUAAGUUAAGUUGACAGUUCCUACCUCUGGACUGGACUUUGAGAAACAUUAGAAAUGCAAACUAACUGGUUUCCUUCGAACUCAUUUUCUUUGAAAUGAGCUUUUCCCCAUGCUCUGCUUAUUCACAUAAGAGCACAGCAAAGAAAGCAUGUUGGACUUCCAUUCAGAAUCCCCUCCUGGUGAUGGGAGCAAUUUCUCAUGUCAAAUAAAUAGUCUCCUAACUUC